AGUGAACAUCCGGUUACACAUCCGGUACUUUCACCUAAGAUGUUACAGUUUGUUCUAAAUCGAUCACAGGAACAAUGUGCCUUGACGAAGGCGUCCAUCGCAGCUACUUCCGGCGAACGUAAAAAGGUUUUAAGAGAUAUCGAAUCGAUAGCAACCAAAACAGAAGAACAACGUUUAAAUAUAGCUGGGCUUUCGAGCAACAUAAACGAAGAAAAAAUGUUGGGAGACAGACUGAAGAAACGCGAUUCGGAAUUGAAGUCUAUCCAGGUAAAAUUAAAACAACGCCAACAACGCCAAGAGAAACAAAUAAUCAAAUUGCAAGAUGACAUUCAAGACAUUCGUGUAAAAUCGAAAGACGCUAACAAGAUCCUGAAGGGGAAGCUACGCAAUUUAAGAGCCCGUUCGACGGAAAUCAAUCAACUCGGCGUUCGUCUCACUCGUUUGAAGAAUUCUACUAUUAAACUUACAUCUUGCAAAUUGUCAAGAGCCAUUGUAUUCCAACAUUAAAUACUUUACAU